AUGGCAGGCUUUCGCGAAAAACUGCAAAAAUGGCGGGACAGAAAAGGCGGCGGGCGGGCACAGCCAGACGCCGCAUCGGUGGCCUCCUCCGCCAAGGGCAGCAACGACAUCCGACAAGAGCGCUCCGGAGACAACUUGGUCGAUCCUGUUAAUCGUAAAGAGUCGUCUACGACCCAGUCGCUUUGGGACCGCGCAUACGACGCCCUCAGAAAGGAAAAGACACAAUUAGUAAAGGACUAUGAGAAACUGCUCUCGAAGGAAGAGCAGAUGGCGAAUUCUACUUUAAGUAACGGGUCUCCCGCACAGCCCAUACCACGGCACGACGUAACCCUUGACCCCGACAGUCAAUAUCGCCAAGCCCAACUGAAAACAGUAAUCGAACAAGGGCUACGACGAAUGGAAGAGAAGAAAGCGAGAUACACUAUCGCCGGCCAUGAAUUUGUCCUGACGGAUCAGAUCGCGCAGGCCGCGGGGUUCGUGCUGUGGGCAAAAGACUGGAUCGGUGAGGCCGUUAAGGCUUCACCAGAGGCUUCCGUCGCGUGGGCCGGUGUCUGUAUUAUUCUCCCGCUCCUCACAAACCCCAAGACUACAGAGGACGCCAACCGUGACGGAUUCACAUAUGUCACUACCCGGAUGCGCUAUUAUGCUGCGCUUGAGCCGCUGCUACUGCGGCUCGGCCAGAACUCCGAAGUCGCCGAUGGUUUAAUGGCGGAAGCCAACAGCCAUAUUGUGGACCUCUAUCAGCAGAUUCUCGAGUUCCAGAUCCGAAGUGUGCUACGAUUCUACCAGCACCGCCUUGAAGGCUACGCCGGAGAUGUGUUUCGGCCAAGAGAUUGGGAGCAAAUGAGACUCAAGAUUGAACAGCUCGAGGCGACCGUCAACGGGAAUCUAAAUCAGAUAAACCAGUUUGUGUCGAGGCAGGAGCUUGAGUCUCUCGAUAAGACGAGCACAGAAUCUCUUGGAACUAUACGAAAGCUCCUGUCUGUUUCUGAACAGCAGCUACGAGUUCAAGAAGCGCAGCGGGAUAUUAUACAAGAACAGCUUAAAAUACAAAAAGACGCAGUUCAACAAAAGCUAUCCGAUAAGCAAGAAGCGUGUCUCCAACUAUUCUAUCUCACCAACAACAAAACCACAUACGAGUGGUACAAGGAUCGUGUGGAAGACCGAGUAGAAGACACAUGCUUAUGGUUCCUCCAACACCGCCACUUCCAGGAGUGGUUAAAACAGGAGUCAGGGCCACUGCUUGUCUCAGCGGACCCCGGAUGUGGAAAGUCGGUCUUGGCCAAGUACUUAAUCGACUAUGAGAUACCACGGUCAGCAACUACCUGCUACUUCUUUUUCAAAGACCAAGACCAGAACACCAUCCGGCAAGCACUUUGUGCUUUACUCCACCAACUCUUCUCUAAAAAACCGGCCUUAAUCGAGCAUGCUAUGGGUCUAUUCCGGGAAAAGGGGCCACGUUUAAUCGAUUCAACAGAGUCACUUUGGACUAUCCUCGGAAAUGCCGUGCAAGAUCAACGUGCCGGACCUGUUGUCAUCGUUCUCGAUGCACUAGACGAAUGUGCUGAAGAAGAGUUUAAGGACCUGAUACUGAAUGUGGAUAGUCAAUUCCGCAGCAACCAAUCGGGCUAUGGAAAGUUGAAGUAUCUUUUAACAAGCCGCCCGUAUGAACAGAUCGUAUCUAAGUUCCGGGGCCGGUUAGACGCUUUUCCGCAUAUUCGUAUACCAGGAGAGGAAGAGUCGGAAAUAAUCAGCCAAGAAGUUAACCUCGUCAUCCAAUACCGAGUCGAACAGCUGGCGAGAGAAGAAGGGCUGUCAAACCAAGUUAAGCGUCACCUGGCAGAAAGAUUGCUCGGAAUUGAGCACCGCACAUACCUUUGGGUAUACCUUGUGUUCGACUAUUUGAAGACCGGCUUCAAAAAGACAGUAAAGGGGAUCGAGGCAGCCAUUAAAACUCUGCCGGAGAAUGUCAACCAAGUAUACGAGCGGAUCCUAAACAAGUCUAAGGAAGACCCGAUGGUCCAGAAAGUCUUGAGUAUUAUCUUGGCAGCGAGCCGGCCAUUAACGCUCUCAGAAAUGAACGUUGCUACGAACAUAGACGACCAGCUACAGUCUAUUCACGACCUCGACCUAGAAGAAGAAGAGGCCUUCAAAUCACGUCUCAGAUCUUGGUGUGGAUUGUUCGUCUCCAUUCAUCAUAACAGGGUUUAUUUUCUUCAUCAAACUGCUCGGGAGUUCCUCACGGAUUCGCCAUCUCCUACAGCUGUUUCGUUAGAGCUACGUUGGCAUCGCUCUAUAACCACCCGCCAUGCACACACCGUUCUUGCCGAGCUCUGCGUGUUCUAUCUCAAUAACUUCAACUCUGACAUUAGUCUUACAACAACUGUUAAUGGGGCAUCCGGCCACGACAAUGAUCGCGUCGCCUUCUUAAAUUAUUCGGCCAACUACUGGGGCUUUCAUUUCCACGAGGCCGGUAUCGUCGAUGAUGCCGCCAUAGUACCCCUCGCGUCGGGAAUUUGUGAUCCAGAUUCGAAGAGCCAUUUAUUAUGGUCCAAAAUCUAUUGUAAGAUUCAUUGGUUAAAUCCUAAGUAUUUUACGGGUCUUAUAGUGGCGUCGUAUUUUGGACACAAUUCUGUCGUCAAGCUGCUGCUCGAGAAGCGCGCCGACGUCGAGGCGAAGGAUAACGAUGGCCGGACGCCGCUGUCGCAUGCCGCCCAGGGUGGGCACGAGGCCGUCGCGCGGCUGCUGCUCGAGAAGGGCGCCGGCGUCGAGGCGAAGGAUAACGAUGGCUUGACGCCGCUGUCGUCUGCCGUCUUGUUUGGGUACGAGGCCGUCGCGCGGCUGCUGCUCGAGAAGGGCGCCGACGUCGAGGCGAAGGAUAACUAUAGCUUGACGCCGCUGUCGUCUACCGCCUUGUUUGGGUACGAGGCCGUCGCGCGGCUACUGCUCGAGAAGGGCGCCGACGUCGAGGCAAAGGAUAACGAUGGCCGGACGCCGCUGUCGCAUGCCGCCCAGGGUGGGCACGAGGCCGUCGUUAAAUUGUUAAAAUCACAUGAUGCCCGAUCUUAA